AUGAAGAUUAUUAUCAUCGGAGCUGGCAUCGCUGGAUGUGCAGCGUAUCUGGAGUUGCGAAAGCAUCUUCCAAACCCUUCUGGGUCUGAUGAAGCGCAUGAGAUCAUUAUCUAUGAGGCAUACAGCGCAAACCUGGAUGUGACAGCGGAUCAAAGAAAGGAGGAAUACACACAGUCUUCGACCCUUCUCGUUGGAGGUGGACUCGCCGUUGGCCCCAACGGGCUGAAUGUUCUCAGGCGCCUUGAUGAGAAUUUGUUGAAGGACGUUGUUCGCGGUGGGUAUGUCACAGCCACCUCCAAUAUGAAAAAUAAAAAUGGAUGGCGGCUUGUCACAAUGGAAACAGCUCCAUCAGAUAACGACGUUGACAAUCCUGAACAUAUGUACAUGGUGGCGACUAGCCGUCAUUUCUUCUGGCAGGCGCUGCGAUCAAGGAUUCCAGACGAGCACAUUAUCAACAAAAGAAUAUCGGAAGUGAUUGCCAGCCCCGAAGGGAAAAAUCUGAUUUACUUUGCCGACGGCACUCCCUCGGUGGAAGCAGAUCUGGUCAUCGGUGCAGACGGUGUCCAGAGUACCGCCAAGCGGGCCCUCUUCCCACAUGCAAAAGAAGACCCAUAUCCUCCCCAUUAUGAGGGUCUCGUUGGUGUCGGUGGAUUCAUUCCUGCAGCCGAUGUCAAAGGACUUGUCGAAAAAGGAUCGAUGAACUUCAUAUUCGGUGGCAAUGGCUUCUUCGGUUAUUUCUACUCUGAGAGCGAAAAGUCUGCUGUUAAUCGCGACUCGCCAUAUCACGUUUCUGAGCCCGGGGAAUCACUCGCUUGGUGGUCUACCUACGAGAUUGAAGAAUGCCCAGACCGCAAAACCCUAGACAUGGCGGAUGUUACUCGGCAGCUUCGCGAGCGACACGCGAACUGGAAGGACCCCGUUGUUCAAAGGAUCAUUCAAUCACUUCACGUGGAGAACAUGUAUCCAACGUGGACUUCUCCUGCACUUCCGACAUGGGAGCGAGAUGGGGUAGUUCUCGUUGGCGAUGCAGCACAUGCACUACCGCCAAGCUCAGGACAGGGCUCUUCGCAGGCAUUAGAGGAUGUCGAAGCCUUCGUUCUAUUUUUGGCUCAUUAUCUCCACAUGGGUGGUGAAAAUGAUACGCAGAUGUCUCCAAAGAGCCAGAAAGAGGCCAUUCGAGCAGCCGCACAACAAUAUACCUCUUUGCGACAGCCACGUGUAAAAAGUAUCUUGGAAUUUGCCCAAAAAACCCAAAACACAAAGCGUCAAAUGGGAUUGUUCCAGGAGUACUCGAUGUACACCUUCAUGAAGCUUAUCGGAUUUUUCCCUGCCCUCAUGACCAGCCAGAUUCGCAAGGUUACAAAUUACAACAUCGCUGAGCAAGUUGCACAAGUCCUUGCUAGCGGGAAAUAA